CCCUCCUUCCCUCUCCUCUUCCCUCCUCCCUCUCCCUUUCCCUUUCUCCGUUUUCUUCUUCACUCUCGCCACAACGCUCAGCCGUCGUCAGGUCUACGCCAUGCUGAGUCUACCGUCGAAAUUCCGGUGGCGGGCGGGAAUCGUUCUCCUCCUGGGCAGCAUAUGCUUGAUGCUGUCGAUCUCCCUCUUCAGUGGCCCUGCGUACCCCUUCAACGUUCCUCAGCACUACGAAGGGAGCUCGGCGGUCAACAGAAGACAUCUGGCCCGGCGUCUUCUACGAGUCCAGAGACAGAUCGAUAGUCAUGCGGGUAUGCAAGGUAAAGUUGAUGCUGCUUGGUCAAGAGAGCUGUUGGCUUUGGCGGAGGAGAUCGACCCACGGGUAUCAUCUGAAGACGGGAAUCUCCCAGUACAAUUUGGCAAGCAGCAGCGGAACAGCAGGGAGAUAACAGUCAGUGAUAAAGCAGAGAAUGACUCGCGACUUCCCAUAGUCAACCCAAGGGUAGCAGUGUGCCCUGAGGUGUACUUGGGCAGAGAGGUUGAUAUGAUGUACCAAAGAAAUUUCAGAACUAUUGAGUGCACAAAUGCUUUGGCUUUUAAGGAUUUAGUUACAGUUGUUCUCUCAACAAAAGGCUGGGAGGUAGAGAGGGUGAAAUUUGUUGCUAGACAAAUUCUGAAGUAUUAUGAUGUAAAUAUAUAUAUAUUAAUGUUUGGCAUAAAUGAGAGAAUAGAUGUUGAUAAUGCAAAUAUAAAAUAUUACUCAUCAGAAGUGCUUGCAUCAAAAGCCAUAAACAGUGUUUUUUCCUACAUCACUACGCCUUAUAUAUUUCUCACAAGUACCCUAACUCACUUCUCAGAACAGUCUCCCCUAGACCGUCUUGUUAGAGUACUGGAUGAUCUUCAAUAUGCAGGAGUAGCCACAGGGGCUUAUAGAGAUCUUGAGGGGCUUUGGCAUCAUGGAUGCUUACAAGUGACAAUGGAAAACUACCAAUUGUCCUAUGAACGUGGGUAUGAACACUCAAAGGAUGAAUGCAUGUACUGUGAUGAUGCACUUGGUCCAAUGGUUUUGAAGACUGAACUACUUGGAAAGGUACCCAUGAAAGAGACUCUUGAGGGUUCAGUCAUGUAUCGUGACUGGUUUUUGAAUGUUCGACUGACUGGUUCACUUGUUGUUUCUUGUCCUGAUAUUAUGUUCUUUGUUGACACUGAACCUGUCAUGGUACAAAAAGAUUGGCUCAAAGUGGCCCAAAUAUGGUCUGUCCAAUACAUCCACCCAUAUGAUGGUGAGGAAUUGGAGUUUUCAUGUGAAGAAGCUGAAAUUAGAUGUACCGAUCUCAUUAAAUCUGUAGCUCUGUUUCUUGUGCCUCCUUGUUGCAAGGAAAAGUUGCGUUAUGAACUUGGACUCUUCCAAGAUUGUGCUGAAGAGCUUGGAUUAUACUAUGAACUGCAGGCUGGAAGCUUGCUAGGAGCUAUAAAAAUGGAUGGCUUACUUCCCUGGGAUUUUGAUACUGAUCUUAUUACAGAUUGUAAAGAUCAGUCAAUUUGGUUAUCAGAUGGUAUGAAGUGCAUGAAGAGAAAAGGAUGUGAUUCAAAAUUAAUUGCUGGUAACUACUGGACAUCAACAUGUGAACUAAGCACAAUCGAUAUAUCAUGUAGACAUAACACAACAAUCUAUUUACCAAAAGAAUACCGUCAAAUACCAACACAGAUUGUGUUUGAUGGAAGGAAAACAGGGGUAAAGGCUAACCCAGGACGUGUAGCAAGAAACAGGUAUGGUCAUGAGUACCUGAAACAUGUUGCCCAUUGGCGCCAUGUAAGUGUAACUGGUACAGAUGAUGGGUCUGGGGGUGUAGGCAGUUGGAAAACCUGUAAAGAGCCAGGGUUUCAUGCGUGCCUUGAUCAUUUUCCUGUUGACGGAAACUUAAAAUUCAAACGGAAGAAGCAAAAGAACUGAAUUAAGAAGUUUCUUGUCAAAUGUCCUCAUAGGAAUGGUUUGAGAAUGAUUCUUUUUAUGUGUCAUAUGAAUGUGUUUCACUCCUUAUUCUUUAGUAAUAGAUACUAUACAUCUAGUCUCUCCUUGUAUGAAUUAUAUAUUUGAAUAUAUAUUUUAGAUAGAGCAUUCCAAUAUUUAUUAAUUUAGCUUUAAGGAAUAUUUGAAAUAUAUUUUUAAAAGUUCCUAAGCUUUUGAUGUAGGCUAAGUGCAAAUAUUUGCAGCAUCUGUUAAUCGAAAAAUUUAGGUUGUUAUGAAUUACCACCAUGAAGGUGCUAAUGUCAGGUGCUUAUAUUGCUAAUGGCUGUGUUAAAAACAGUGUUCCUUCCUAGCUGUGUAUUUGUAAAGCAGCUGCAUAGGCUCUGAAGUGCCACUUAUUAUAUUGAAACAUCAUGUUUUCCCAGGUGCAUUUGCAGGCUAUAUAUUCUGAAACAAAUGUACAUAAAAUAUCUAGUUUGCAUGUUAAAACAAAUACUGUUGGAAAAAUGGUAAACAUAUUUUCUUACAUAAUUAAUUGCAGAUUUUGAUCCAGAAAAUCCUGCACUAUUAAACUUUUUGAUAUUUUAAAUAGUAUAUGCAUAGUCUCAACAUCUAUUAGAAGCAUAAAACUGCAGCAGUAUUAUUAGAUUCAUACCAUUAUUAAAUGCAAAGCUUUGGCCGUCUCAAAUUUACACAGGAGGACACAAAGAAUUUUACAGUCAGUGGCUAAUGAAACUGGUAGAGUAAUGUAUUGUACUUAAUAUUAGGUAAUAAAAGGAGUGGAUCCAAGAUUUUGGAAAGUAGAUAAAAGCCCAACCACAAUUGCUGAAGCUGUGAAGUGCUUUGCUGGACAUUUUGAGUUAUUCAACACAUGCUUACAUGUUUUGGAAGCCAGAGGCUACUGGGCUACUGGAAUAAAAGGUUGAGUUGACCAGUCAGUGAUUGCACCCAACAUGCUAAUGCAACAAUCACUGACUGGAUCAAUGCCUGAAUAUUGUAUUAUUGACUAUUGGGGCUUAUAUUUUGUUGAUUUCUCUGAAAAAAGUGUGGUAUCCAAAGACUAAAGCAUCUUUGAAGAAUCCUGUAGAAUUUGAAAUGUCAUAUUUUAUAUAACACUGCACAGUAAUUUAUUCUUUAGUUUUCUGUCUUAAA